UUUCUUCGGGCUCGUCCAUCCUUCCUUCAUUUAUCGUGUUCCGCCAUCGCCUCCAUUAUCUCAACCCCAAGCAAACGAAUACUGUGUUUUGAUUGCAGCUGCUCCUGUCCGGUGCUGCUGGCUCGCCUCUCUCAUCUCGGCACUGCAACCAGUUUUGUUGACUCAGCCAGCAGCAAAGAGCAGGACCUUUGGCUAUGGCUGCACAGGCUGUUUCGGUGGGCACUGCUCUGGGUGCCCGGGAGUGGUCAGGGUUGAGGCCUGCCGAUCCAUUUAAGGCAGCCCCAGCGGCAGCCAGAGCUGAUACCCAGAUCGGUGUUUCGAAGAAGGGUCGUGUGGUUCAGAUGACGAUUUCUGUGGAGAAGAAACAAUUCACGACGAAGAAGUCCGAAGAGACCUUCGCUGCUGCCAAGGAGCUGAUGCCUGGAGGUGUCAAUUCUCCUGUUAGAGCAUUCAAGUCCGUUGGAGGACAACCAAUUGUCUUCGACCGAGUGAAAGGGUCCAAGGCCUGGGACAUCGACGGCAACCAGUACGUGGACUACGUUGGCUCAUGGGGACCUGCCAUCGUCGGUGCUUGUGACGAGCAAGUGAAUGAGGAGCUCAUUAGAACAUUGCAGAAGGGUACCAGCUUCGGAGCACCUUGUGUCUUGGAGAAUGUGUUGGCACAAAUGGUGAUUGAUGCAGUUCCCAGCAUUGAGAUGGUGCGGUUCGUGAACUCCGGAACUGAGGCCUGCAUGGGCAUGCUCCGUCUGGCCCGUGCAUACACCGGUCGUGAGAAGAUUCUCAAGUUCGAGGGAUGUUACCACGGACACGCGGAUUCUUUCCUGGUUAAGGCCGGAAGUGGCGUUGCAACUCUGGGCCUCCCAGACUCUCCUGGUGUCCCCAGCUCUUCUACCGCAUCGACUUUGACAGCAGCGUACAACGACCUGGAGGCGGUAAAAGAGAUCUUCGCGAAAUAUAAAGGACAGAUUGCUGCCGUUGUGUUGGAGCCCGUCGUGGGAAAUGCCGGAUUUAUUGUCCCGCGCCAGGAGUUCUUGCAAGGUCUCCGGGACCUUACAAAAGAGGAUGGAGCCUGUCUUGUCUUCGACGAGGUUAUGACUGGAUUCCGCAUCUCAUAUGGAGGUGCCCAACAGCAUUUCGGAAUCACACCUGAUAUCACCACUUUGGGAAAGAUCAUCGGAGGAGGGUUACCUGUAGGUGCCUACGGAGGAAAAAGAGAAAUCAUGCAGAUGGUUGCCCCAGCUGGGCCAAUGUACCAGGCCGGUACUCUAAGUGGAAACCCACUCGCAAUGACGGCUGGUAUUCACACACUCCGUAGGCUGCAACAGCCAGGUGCAUACGAACAUUUGGACAGGGUUACCGGAAAGCUCGUCCAAGGAAUCCUUCAAGCAGGGCGAGAUGCCGGGCACGAGAUUUGCGGUGGACACAUCAGUGGAAUGUUUGGAUUCUUCUUCUGUGCUGGUCCUGUGCACAACUUCGAAGACGCAAAGAAGAGUGACACUGCUAAGUUCGCUGCCUUCUUCAGGGGCAUGCUUGAAAGAGGGGUGUAUCUCGCUCCUUCCCAAUUCGAGGCGGGCUUUACUAGCCUCGCUCACUCUGAUGAGGACAUUGAGUUCACCAUUGCUGCUGCGAAGGACGUGUUGAAGUCACUUUGAAAGUAAAAUAGACCUAAUUCACUAAAUUCUCAGAGAACCACAAUUUAUUUUUGGCCGGAGGAGACUUGAGUUAGGAGUAUGUGAAGUGAAGGACAAAAUCCAAGAUGUCUACCCUAGUGCCUGUCAAUUAUAUUCAACAUCUACCUCAGAAGUGCUUUGCAAUUGUGUACCCCUAGGCUGUUUCGUUACGAACAGCGGAAGUCACCGUGUGAACUUCUCACUGUACACAAUGAUCCAGAUACUGCAAUCAUAACUUCCUCUGCGCCUUUACCUCGUA